ACUUGGAAGGGCCGCGCACGCGUGGAGAAGCGCAUAUGAGAGCGACUGGGCACGAAGAAAGCGCGGCCAGGAAAGACUACAGUGCUGAGCACGUCGACAUGAGGCUCCGAUUAGCGCUCGUCUGUGUCACCGUCCUGGGAUACGUCGGCGCUGAGGACAAGGACUGUCCCAAACUUGACUGCAAAAAAGAAGGCAACAACUGCACCGUCGUCCGAGACGACGGCAGUCAGUGCGGGCGCUGCUCCUGCAGAGGCAAGCAAAGCAGCAGUUCAGAUUCGAAGCCAGAGGGUGAGUCGGGGAGUGAGCCCUCCGGCGAGGACACUAGGAACUCCAGCACCGCGGCUGCAGUCGCCGAGAACACGAGUGAGAACAAGCCGGAGGCAGCUUCCAAAACGGACGACAAGUCUCACUCCAAACCUGACGGGGCUGCUCAGAGCAGCGAAGGCGCAGGUGUCGCAGCUAGCAGCGACCACAGUCCCUGCGACAGCUGUCCCGAGCACUGCAUGAUAACCAUGUAUAGGGGCAAGUGCACCGGGUGCGUUUUAGUGGACGACGCCGAGAGAGAGUGCCACUGACGUUUCCAUUCGUGCUGUCGCAAUCCGAUUUGCGCUACAUCCGACUCUCAUGUGUGCGUACAUUCCUGCUCACGCGCUGUGAAUAGCGACGAAAUAAACACGGUUCCGAUGAA